CGGAAGUUGACAUGCAGAUGUCCAAGAUGGCGACCAAGGGAUAUUUCCCUCCAAACAUUUUAAGUUAAGUCAGAUUAAACAAGCUUACAAGCUUCAAAAUUGAAUGACAUUCUGUUAUGUCAAUCAAUAGCCGAUGUACCUAACGUUUGCAUCUAUAAUUUAUCCUAAAUGUCUUUAAAAGCAUCAUGAAUACAUGAAAAAAUUUGGCUGAAAACAAAAACAAUGUCAUUACUCAUCUGUUCUAUAAUGUUUAUCAUGCAACUGGACUUGACAGUCAAUUAUAAAACAUGAUUGAAAGUAUAGCUAUGUGAAACUGUAACUAAUAUAUCAAGACAAUGCCUGGGCGAUUAAUCUGUUUUGUGUGCGGCAGUCCUGGUGCAGAGACUACUCUGCGAGUGCGUCAAGUAGAAAGGGAGCCUUAUUUUCCAUUUCUUCUCCACCAUGAACCACCUAAAGGUGCUCGCUUGCCUAACUCUGAGGGUGUUAUAGACAGCUGUGCGGUUUGUUACAUGUUCUUGACACAGCAAUGGGAAUCGUAUGAAAGAUCCAAGACCCCUGCAGUGAAGCGUUUGUAUUGGCUGAAGAGGUCAGAUAAUGGAAGCUUUACUGGUGCUGAAAUGAGAAUUCAGGGGGAAUAUAUAGCACAAGUGAUGGGUCUGCAGUAUCCUCCUGGAGUGGAUGAGAGAUGUUCUCCUGAAAACACAAUAGCUGAGAGAGAAUAUUCUAAUCAUGCAAGCAGUAAUAACAGUGCUAGUGCCAUAACAUACAGCCGUUCUAAUUCAAAUAAUCAGAGUCAGAGAAAUGCAAAGGAUUAUUCUCCACGACCACGGAACACUAGAGAUUAUUCUCCUCGGUCACACAAUCAGGGAAAAAGUUCAGCUUUAGAUUUGUCAACACCAAAGAAGCAUACUGAUAGCCACAUAUCAGAAUCAAAGCCCAAAUCGGAAAGCAAUAACUCUGUGUGCUAUAUAUGUGGCCAAGGAUAUUGCCAUCAAAGUAAUAAUUUUCUAAGUGCAUUUUAUCAGGGAAAUGGGGAACCGUUUUUUCCUGUUCUAGAAAGAAUUAGUCCCUGUGCUGGUGCUGAAUAUAUGUCAAGAAGUGGUCAGGUUCAUGCUUGUAAUCAGUGUAAAAACAUGCUUUUUCAACAGUGGCAGGCUUUUGAAAUGUCUGGUGUUCCAAUUUCCCAUAGAAAUUUCAAACUUCCUAGAGAAAUUGACAGUAAGAAAGUGGAAAUCAAAACAGAAGAUAAAUAUGCAAAUGAAACAAGUGCCUCAUCAUAUUAUUGCUACAUUUGUGGGUGUUCAUACAUCACAGAUCAUGUACGUCUUUUAAAUACUUUACCACCUAAGAGAACAACACCAGCAGCUAUAUUUUUUCCGUUUGUCAGAGAGCUAAAAAGACCAGCAGAUGCCGAGCCUUUAAGAGCCGACGGGACUGUGAUAGUGUGUAUAAAAUGUUACAGUCAUUUAAGCUAUCAGUGGGAAAUUCAAGAAUCGGAUGGUGUGCCAGUAUACAGUAGACAGUAUUCACUACAUUUUCUUACUGAAAAAACAUCACCGAAAGGUCACAUGACUGAAAUUUUACACCAAACAGCAAGUUCAAGCGGAGAAAGGAUCGAGCCAUUAAAUAUUCGCAUCUCAUCUGCUAGUCCUAUGCAUUCUAAUCCUACCUCUGCUGCAAAUUACCCUCAAGGAUUAUUAGCAAUAGCAUCGCAAGCAGAAAAUGCAGCACAAACUGUCUGUAGAAGUAGAAGCUCAAGUUUUUCAGGCAGUCCGAGUAAAGGUCAUGAUGUUAUCACUGAUACACGAACAACAACUGCUGACACUUAUACAUGUCCAAGCUCAUUAUCAAAAACUGUACCACAUCCUUUGCAGCAAGUGACUGAAAUACCUAAUCGUAUUUGCUUUCUGUGUGGUGAGAAAUGUAUUAUACACAAAAUGCGUCAUUUGUGCUCGUAUCCAGCUCGUCACGAAGCUAAACAUACAAAUUCUCAAAUAGAACCAUUCUUCCCCUUCCUUGCAAAUUGUACGCCAGCUCAGGGUGCAGAAUCUUUAACUGAAGAUGGAACUGUCAUAGUAUGUAAACUUUGCUUUUAUAGUGUAUUAAGACAGUGGACGGAAUAUGAACAAUCUUCUAAUCCAGCUGAUAGCAACCGUUGGCUGAGGAAAUAUCAUUUGCCAAACUAUGUCUGCUAUGUGUGUGCUGUUGAAAAUGAGAGGAAGUUUUUCAGAACAAUAGCAGUUGAAAAUUUUAACUUUCUGAAGGAUCACAAAGCUCCUAAAGGUUCCCUAAUAAUUGACGAUGGAAGGCGAGUGGUCGUUUGCAAAUCAUGUGCCUACAGCUUAAUGCAGCAGUUCUCAGAGUAUGAGAGGAUGGGUGUUCCACAUCAGCUGCGUAAAUUCAACUGGAUGCAAAAAACUAGCCAGAUGAUGCCAGACAAUAUUCAUGAUGAUGAAAGUCAGGAUAAUUCAAGAGAGGGUCAAGCAUAUGACCUUGGCCACCGACACCCUGCUGAGAGAGACUAUGACCGUCCAGGGACAGAUCAGUCUGAAAGUGGUUACCGCAGACGUCCAUCUGAUGGUGAGCAAGAGAGUGAUGGUCACAGACAUGGACUGCAUGCCGGCAGGGAUGGUGAUGAUAACUCACAGCAAGGUCCAUUAGGUUCAAAACCACCCCCAUUGAAUAUGAUGAGCCCAGCCGGGUCAAAGCACCAGAGAAACACAGCCACUGUGUCCCCACUACAUCACGUCACCUCGCCUACCAACGGAGUUACGUCCCUUGGAGGAAGUGCAUCAUUAAAUGCGUCAAGAACAUCAAGUUUUGCUGCGGCUCUUAGAAAAUUGGCCAAUCAGGCAAAGGAUCCUCCAGAUGAAGGUGGACCUGUAAAGACAACUUCAUCUACCAGCCCGAGGGAUACUACAGCAAAGAGUGGACCACCACCUCUGAUGUAUAACACAUCUACGACCUUGACCUCACCUCCUGUCGUAACCAUAGCACCAACUCAAUCACAUCCCAGUCUACUGUCCAGUGAUAACAGACCUACCUUGGAGAGAUUACACAGCAACUCUUCAAUGUUUGAGUCUGUAUCGGGCAAGAUGGACCGGCCUCACUCCUCGGCCUCGAGGGAUGAUGACAGGGCCUCAAGUAGAGACAAUCUCUCCCAGUCAGCCAGGAGAAUGACCCCACAUUCAACCCCUGGGGCUGUGUCGCCCAUGUCUGGGAGAGAAGAGGUCCCAGCUCGUGGGUUUCAGCCAUACCGACCAGGAGAUGACUUGCCCCCGCCUAGUCAUCAUCUUUGUUCCAACAAGUAUAAAUAUAUGUUUUCCAUUCACAGGUUUGAUGAUCCUUUGUUACUAGAGCGCUACAGGAUGAUGCAAUCUCCAUACAUGCCCUACCCUCAGGGAAUGAUGCCACACCCUAGUCUCCACCCACUACUGGCAGCUGGAGGGCGGUACCCCCCAGAUCUGUUCCCACCCCAGUUUCCGCCAUUUUCCCAACAAAGCAGGAUGUCUGACCAUAGAUCACCUUCAAUACUUUCAGAAAGACAAAGAAUGGAGGAAGAAAAACAAAGAGAGUUAGAACGUGAAAGAGAUAAGGAAAGGGAACGUGAAAGAGAUCGUGAAAAGGACAGGGAAAUGGCUCUACAACGUGAACGACAGAGGGCGCUGGAGAGAGAGGCAGAGAAACAACGUGAUCGUGACAGGUUAACUUGUCAGGAUAGGGACAGAUUACCAUCUAGAGACAGGGACCGUCUGCCGUCACGAGAAGACAUGAGCAAGGAAUCUUUAGAGAGUUCGCUCUCUGCCAAGUUUGGAAGUAUUAUACAAGGAACACCUAAAGGACUUGGUAUUGCUGACAGAUACCCUAGAGUUUCAUCAUCAUCAUCAUCAACUGCCAGUUUUGGUCGUAAGGAAGAAAGAAAACUUUCAAAAGAAGAUUAUAAUUUCCCAAGUAGCCAUAGUCAACCAUCUUUACACAGGAAUGCCAUAGAUGAGCAUGAAAAGCGUAUGUCCCUGGUCAACCCUCUAAGGGAAGGUGGGAAGUCUCGGCCUCCACCUCUAGUCUCACCGAGGGCACAUGGGGAUCCGUCACGAUCAAGUAAAAGUAAUGAAACGAGUCUGUUCCGACCCUUUGACAGUAACCAGAUGAUAAAUGGGUACGAUAAUCAUAGUAGACGAGAAAGGGAGAACUCCGCCAUUUGUAAAGUGGAAUCGGAGGAAAAGAAACACUUACACGAUAGAAAUCUUCAUGAUAGGAAACACGAGAAAGACUUAAGGGAGACAAUUCACAAGGCUGGCUCUUCAGUGAGCGCCUUUCAAACAUUCGCGAAUCACAUUUCUAAAAUGGAAUCUGACGCUCAGAUUUUAUCGCGUUCUGCCAACAGGGAUGCGCAAUAUAGUAUUCCGCACUCUCCUUACUCGACGCCAUUAAAUGUCCCAUCGUAUAACACGUCUUUAAUUCAGUCUAGUUUACUACAUAAAAGUGAAACGGCUGGCGGGAUGGAUUUCACAAAAUCAUCAGGACACGAAUCUCAGAACUGCAUCAGUAAACUUGAUCUAGAUGAAAAACGGAAACAGGAAUCUCGAGAUAAGACAUUUUGUAGUGAUAGUGAAUGUGACUUCAGUAAUGAAGAGGACAAUCAAGGGAAACAACUCCUGAUCUCAUCAGGUCCACCAUUAAAGCUGGACACAUCACCAAAGAAGAUUAAACUGUUCUCAGAGCUUGGACUUACAACUUUUUCAAAUAAAAAAGAAGCUGAUUUUGAAAAAUGGAGGAAAAGACGAAGAAGAAUGAAAGAGAGGAGUGUGAGUCCGGUGUCAGUUGAGUCUGGUCCCCCUACACCACUGAAGACACAAUACAAAUCUGAGGAUCUAUACCAGGAACCAGAUUAUAAAUUAAAAUGUCAAUUCCUGUCUCAAAACUUAAAACUACAUCCAGUUCCACAUGAUACAAAGAAAG